CGUAGUUUUUUGCUAAGAGUUCAUUAUUUUGUUUCUGGUUGUCAAUAGCAACCCAAUGCGCUCUUGAUUUGGUUAACUUUUAGCUACAGCAGGAAAUUGAGAACAACAUUCAAUGUUUUAUAAACUCAUAAAGCUUUUUGAGGACUUAAAAAACACGUUAAAAAUGGACUCCAACUCCCUGCCGCACUUUUUGGAUGUCGUUGCCAGCAGCGGAAGCGUUUUAAACCUUGAAGAACGAACAGCCCUGCAGACGUCUUUGGUCAUCCUCAAAAAGAACUACAAGUUCCAGCGAGUUUUGUUUUGGGGUAAAAUCCUGGGACUACAGCAGGACUACUUUGUGGCUCAGGGGAGGGGAGAGGAUGAAAUGAGAGACAGGAAGAGUCUGUACAGCCUGAACUGCCUGGACUGGCUCCUGCUCCCUUCUGUCACAGAUGCCAUGGUGGAGGAAGUGUCCAAAGCUGCACAGGGCCGCUUCACAGGAGACCCUUCCUUUGUGUAUGAGCUCCAAGUCAGCAAGCAGGAGGAGAGAGUGUUUAAAGUGACUGAGGAGAAGAGGCUGGCUGUGACAGUGCACCAAAUUGAUGAAGAAGCCUCUGUGGUUCCCCGGGGCGCUUUCAUCCGGAGUCCAAGCGGUCCCGUCCAGAUAAACCGCAGCUUCAGUGGACUCUCUGAAUCAGAAGCAAAGAGGCUGGAAAAUUUCAUGCACUUCAGAGAAUCCAAGGAUCUUCCAAGAGAGAAGCAGCAAAAAGCGGAGUGGACCCCAGCUAUUGACUUCCUGGACGUCCUGAGCGAAGACAUUCCUAAAGGAUCAUGGAGCCUCCAGUUGGAGUGUGCCAGCAGAGUGUGCGUGCUGCGCAGCCUCCUGUGGCUCGGUCUGACAUUCUACCAUGUGCCGAUGACGCCGCAGCACGGAUACGUCUAUAUCGGCCUCGGGAUGAAAAAUCUCGAUCUUCCAUUCAUGCUGUGAGGCAGACAUCCUAUACUUCCUGAAAGCCGCCCUUUCUUCAGCCCUCAAAGUUGUUUUUGUCUGAAAAGUGUUCAAGCUCCUUCCAUAUAAAUCGAUUCUCACUCAUAAAAGCAAAUAUUUUAUUUAAGUUUAGUUGCUUUUAGUUUACAGAGAAUGUUCCACCAGGACAGUUUCCUUCCUCCUCCAGCUGUCAGGCUCUCAGUGUUUCAGGAACAGAGGUUUAAGACUGUAGCGGACAUUGUUCUUGAGAGCUGGAUGACCCACAGGCAUGCGCCUCUUGCACCACUUCAGUCCAGCUUUGUAGAUGGGUUUUACGGAGUCAAUAGACCAGCGUGUCAGGUACCUGCAAGAACAUCAGAACAUUUGGUUAAAAAAAACUCAUUUUAACAACCAAAGGCAUAGAUAAACGUGUCACCUGUUCAACUUUGGCCUAGGGUUCUUUGGUACCUGACCUUCAGGAAGUUUAGGCUUGUGGUCAGGAAGAAGACCUACAACACAAAUACAUACAGUUAUUAAUGAGAUAGAUCUAAUAUGGACCGAAACUUCUUGAAGUAACAUCACAAGCUAGUUUAAUGUUGGCCUUUCAAACCCAGAGGUAGGCAUAGAUGUUCUUCUGACAGCCAUGAAAGAAACAAACAAACUAAAAAAAAGGUUUUGUAACUCCUGUGAAGUCUUUUUUUUCUGUGAGUGAAACUACUUUAUCUUUUCAUUCUUCUGCUUGGUUCUGAGAUAUGUUAAGUUUUUUAGAAAAUCUUCAGCUUGAUGUAACCUGUUCAGUUUCAAACAAUGUUUCAAGACACAAAACAAUAAAGAAAUUACAGGAACUCCCUGUUAA